CUGUCGUAGUGUUGUAUCGUCUUCCGCGCGGCGUCGUUACCGUCCUUGCCGCCGAUUCCGAUCGUCUUACGUUCGUUCGUGUCACGCAUGUGUCUUGCGGUUCGAGUUCAGUGCGUUUUUGGCGUUUGUUCGGCCUGGUGUGAGCUAGGCUAUACAAUUUCGUCGAUUUGUAAUGCGCGCGAACACGCCGAAAAAAAAAUAAAAGUUGACUUUCCGAUGUAGGAUUUUUGCACGAUAAAAAACUCGCAGUGCGUGCGAUUCGAGUUUACGUCGUUUUGUUGCCGACUAUUAUUGUUGUUGUUGUCGUUUUUUCGUCGCGAAUUCAUUAAAUCAAUUUGUGUUUUUGAAUAACGAGUGAGCCGACGACAGUAAUAAAGACCCUGCCGACGGGGAAAAUGCGCAAAAAAUGGAUGGCGACCGCCGCCGUCCGGUUGUUGCUAUUUGCGCUUUUGUUCGCCCAACACGGACCGACCGCGACGUCGUGGGCCAUCGACGAUGCGAGCGGUUCUGCCGCCGCGUCGCUGUUGGCGGCCGAACACGAGUCCGUCGUCGACAAUUUCUUCGCCGCUUACUUCGAACAGCCCUGUUGCGUCCGUCCGCGGCACGUCAGACACCACAAGAAUCACGUGCGAGAGUUAUCCUGCGGCCGAAUGUACUACAGGACUUUUCACUUGGAUGAAAAUCGUGACACAUUAUACGUCGGUGCCAUGGAUCACGUGUACCGGCUCAACCUGAGCAACAUCAGCCACUCAAGCUGCAAGCAGGAUUCCAUAAAUCUGGAACCGUCAAACAUUAUGAGCUGCACGUCCAAAGGAAAAUCUGAGAAUUUCGAUUGCCGAAAUCACAUCAGAGUCAUCCAGUCGAUCGGUGACGGUAGCCGAAUAUACAUUUGCGGCACAAACGCGCACAAUCCAAAGGAUUACGUGAUUUACUCCAAUUUGACACAUCUUCCUAGACACGAGUACGUGCCCGGCGUGGGUCUGGGCACGGCUAAAUGUCCGUACGAUCCGCUAGACAACUCGACGGCCAUUUGGUCAGAAAAGGGCAAUCCGGGGCAAUUGCCGGCUCUGUAUAGUGGUACCAACGCCGAGUUCACGAAAGCAGACACAGUUAUUUUCCGGACGGACCUGUACAAUUUGACCACGGGACGCAAGGAGUUCGCGUUCAAGAGGACGCUCAAAUACGACUCCAACUGGCUCGAUAAACCCGAUUUUGUGGGCUCCUACGACAUCGGCCAAUAUGUCUUCUUCUUCUUCCGCGAAACCGCCGUCGAGUACAUCAAUUGUGGCAAGAGCAUUUUUUCGCGCGUAGCCAGGGUGUGCAAGAAGGACACAGGCGGCAAAAGCAUACUUAGCCACAACUGGGCCACGUACCUGAAGGCCCGGCUCAACUGCUCCAUACCCGGAGAAUAUCCGUUCUACUUCAACGAAAUCCAGAGCAUUUACAAAGUGCCGGAUGACGAUACACUUUUCUACGGCGUGUUCACCACUUCCACUACCGGGCUGAUGGGAUCGGCUAUAUGCACAUUCCGGUUAGAGGACAUCGAUCACGCGUUUGCUGGCCGAUUCAAGGAACAAGCCAGUUCCACUUCGGCCUGGCUCCCAGUACUGUCUACCAAGGUACCGGAGCCCAGACCGGGACAGUGCGUCAACGACACGGAGACAUUGCCAGAUUCCGUAUUGAAUUUCAUACGCAGUCACCCUCUCAUGGACGAGGCGGUAGCGCACAAAGACAACGAACCGGUGUUCUACAUGCGUGACUUGUUCUUCACGCGUCUCGUAGUAGACGUUCUCGAUUACGUCGUGUUUGGAAAUCAUCUACACUACACCGUGUAUUAUGCUGCUACCAACGAAGGCCGCGUUUACAAAGUAGUCCAAUGGUAUAACGAUGAAGGUGUACCCGGAUCUGCUCUUCUGGACAUAUUUGACAUCAUGCCCGGUCUGCCCAUCACGGCGAUGGAAAUAUCUAGAAAGCACAAAGCCCUGUAUGUGGCGUCCGAUGAAAGCGUCCGACAGAUAUACUUGUCAAUGUGCACUCACCGGUACGACAGCUGCUUGCGAUGCGUCCACGACCCGUAUUGUGGAUGGGACAAACAGACCAAGACCUGCAAACCCUACCAGCCCGGACUCUUGCAGGACGUGACCAACUCGUCGCGAAGCGUGUGCGAAAGCUCGGUGGUUAACAAGAGAUUGACCGUAACGUUCGGCCAGAGCGUACACCUCAGCUGUUUCGUGAAGAUGCCGCAAGUGCUAAAAGUGUACCCUGUCACCUGGUACCAUCACAGCAAGGAGAAGGGACGGUACAUGGUCUCGUUCAGCCGAGUGGAAAAAUACAUUGCCACCGUCGAAGGGGGCAUGGUGAUCGUCGGAGCGUCAGAAGAGGACGGCGGCCGUUACGACUGUCAACUGGCCGGUGCCUUGUUGUGCACGUUCAACUUGACGGUGGACGCGCAUCGGUGUUCGCCGCCGGCCCGCUCAGCGGACUACCAUCGGGUGUACUCGGACUGGUGCCACGAGUUCCAGAAGUACAAGAGCGCGAUGAAAUCUUGGGAAAAAAAACAAGCUCAAUGCAGUAGCUCAAGACAAAACGAGACCGCGAUCGCCCAGGGUCUCCUGUCAAACGAAUUAAACGCAAGCCCGACCCUGUAAGGAGGAGAUACCAUAUAAUAAUAAUAUUAUGUACGAGAUGCCGCCGACACAACCGCCGCCACUACCACCACAGCCACCGCAAACACCAGCCCCGUCCCGUGUACACGCUAUAUAUAUAUAUAUAUAUACGUAUAAAUAUAUAUAUAUAUAUAUAUAUAUAUGUAUUGUAUUAUAAUAUGCAUUUGUGUUAUGAUAUAACAUCACUGUCGUGUCAAGUCAUCCCACCGCCGCGGAAAAAAAAAGUAAAAAAAUGUAAUAACAAUAUAAUAUAAUAUUGUAUAAGGUAAAAACGUCAUCAUACAGUCAUUGUCGUCGUCGUCGUCAUAGUCGUUAAGUAUAAUAUAGUAUAAGAGGAUUUUCUUCUUUUUUUUUUUUUUUUUAUUA